AUGUUGACGAACCUAUCACUAUUCGCUGUCUGUGCCUUUGGUGGCUCUAUCAUUCUUCUUUCGUCCCUCAUUAUCGCGAGGCGCAGAGUACCCUAUUCAAACCCCCCUUACCCACCCGGUCCAAGGCCUCUCCCUGUGAUAGGCAAUGUCAUGCAUAUCAGCAUCAACGCACCUUGGUUGGCAUAUACAGCAUGGCAGAAGGUAUAUGGCGACUUUUUCCGUGUACGAUUGAUGGGACUGGAAGUCGUUGUCGUCAACUCAGAGAAAACUGCACGCGCGAUGCUGGAUCAACGAUCUAUUAUUUACUCAGACAGACCUGUCCUUGCGACAAAUAAAUUUUAUGGCGUGGAGUGGAACACAGUCAUGUUGCGCUAUGGAUCAGAACUAAGAUCUCAUAGAAAGAUAUUCCAUCAUGCAUUACAAGCAGAUUCCUCACUUCGCCAGCGUGAAAUUUAUUUGCGCAGAGCUCGGACCUUUCUUGCUAGCUUGCUGAACGACCCUCAAGGUUUCGAGGCACAUAUCCAGGGCUUUAUCGGAGCAAUCAUUAUGGGGAUUACGUAUGGAUACGAAAUGCAGUCAGAGAAUGAUCCGUAUGUCUCUGCUGUCGCGCAAUUGGCCGAAAUCCUUUCGAACGGGCAAACUCCUGAGAGAGCAGCUAUUCUCUCAGCAUUUCCUUUUCUUGCACAUAUACCUGCCUGGUUUCCCGGUGCGAAAUUCAAGCGGGAUGCAUUGUACUCUAGAAGGCUGGCCCAACAGGUGCUUGAUGCACCUUUCGAGUUUACAAAAUUAGAGAUUGCAGCCGGGACUGCGUCACAAUCUAUGGUGUCUGAUUGCUUGGCGCAAAUAGACGAAAAGGACGAUCGUGAAGCACAGGAGUCCGCAAUCAAGGCGGCUGCGGCGACGGCCUACCUCGGUGAGAGCCAUCAAACUCUUUCUUCCACCAGCCUUAAUAUUUGGCCCGUUACACCAACAGCCGGGAUCGAAACGAGCUCGUCGAUGUUGCACGCAUUCAUUCUCGCCAUGGUUCUCUAUCCAGAAGUUCAGGCCAAAGCCCAGUCCGAAAUUGACGCUGUUAUCGGUUCGACGAGGUUGCCAUGCUUCGAAGAUAGACCUUCUUUGCCCUACGUCGAAGCUAUCCUCAGAGAAAUGUUAAGAUGGAACCCUGCGUUACCACUAGGGAUCCCUCAUGCUACGUCAAGCGAGGAUAUAUUUCAAGGCUACUUAAUACCAAAGGGAACAUGGGUGAUCAUCAAUUCCUGGGCGAUGAGCCGGGAUGAGGAGAAGUAUCCCGAUCCAGAUGAAUUCAGGCCUGAGAGGCACUUUGGCUCAGACGGGUCGCUGAAUUCGGGUUCAAUCACGAACAGCCCUGUAUUCGGUUUUGGGCGACGGAUUUGUCCAGGACGGUUUGCUACAGAUUCAAUGAUGUGGGCUGCCAUCGUUUCUAUCCUUGCGACUUUUCGUAUAGAGAAGGCGAGGGACGUUGACGGCCGUGAGAUUGAUGUAAAGCCACAGUUCACAACCGGGAUAACGAUGUUCGUCGAUGAUGUUGGCCUUUCCGGUUUUGCGAGCUCAUCUGUAUUGCAGAAGCCCUGCCCAUUUCCGCUGCGCAUUUGUGUGUCGUUCUGCACAAAUGGAGAAGAUGGUCAGAGAAGGCAGCUGACCAACCCCUGA